UCAGCAUGAAGCACAGAGGUGUGUGCACGUCCCCGCCGGAAAAUUGCUUUUCUGAAUUUGCUCUCCAGUCAGCACCAGACAGACACGUCGCAGGCUAGCCUUGCUCGCUUGAGGGGGGUGCCAGGACGUGCAAGGAUGCUCGGCGCCAAGACGGUGGUCUGGGUGCUGGCGCUUUGCCUGCCCGCUGCAUGGCUGGUAAGAGCCAGCACUUGCCAAGGACCCACCCUCAUCCCAGGCAUCCCCGGCCUGCCAGGAGCACCAGGCCCCAACGGCCAGGAUGGAGGUGACGGGCGGAAAGGAGAACGAGGUCCUCCUGGCAGAGUCGAAGAUUACCGAGAUGCUGGUGAACCAGGAGAGCCCGGGAUACCAGGGUUCCCAGGGAAAUUUGGACCCAGGGGCCCCACUGGGGCCAAAGGUCCUCCUGGAGUACCUGGGCCCCGGGGCCCCAAAGGCGAGUCCGGGGACUCCAAGUCCUCCCACAAGUCUGCCUUCUCGGCCAUACGGGGGGUCAGCUUUACCCCUCGGCGGGCUCAACCAGUCCGCUUCGACCGGGUCGUCACCAACAUCGGCAACCACUACAGCAACCGCUAUGGCCAGUUCAGCUGCCAGAUUCCGGGGAUCUACUACUUCACCUACCACAUCACCUCACGGGGCAACCUGUGCCUGCAGCUGAAGAAGGGCCGGAGCAGCACGGCCAGCGAGACCAUCGUGACUUUCUGCGACUACGUCUUGAACACCUUCCAAGUCACCACCGGCGGGGUGGUGCUCCGCCUGGCCCAGGACGACAAAGUGUGGCUGGAGCCGACGGAGAAGAACAACCUACUUGGAGGCAUUGAUGGGGCGGACAGCAUCUUCUCCGGAUUCCUGCUGUUCCCGAGCAGCUAGACGAAUCCCAGAUCACAUGUCCCCCCUGGGGUUCACCUCGGCGGCGUCCGAAAGCUGGCGGCCUGGGAGUUGCGGCAUCCCCCCGUCUCCCUCCCUCUGCACAGCCGCCCCCAAAGCUUUUCCCCUCCCCGUUUUUUCCCCAAGGGGGGGAGAACCCCCCAAAUCUUGAGAUCUCUGUAGUGUCUCAAACAAAUGAAUAAACCAUCAUCUACCAA